AUGUCCCCAACCGACCGACUCACAGUUCUCAAAGCCCACCUCCAACCACACACCAAACAAUCCCCCAAAAUGAAGCUCCUCUACCCAACCUCCCUCACCCUCGACACCAAGUCCCUAGAAGGCUUCUCCGUCGCCCUACACCCCUACGACGUCACCGUCCCAAUCCCAGACACCCACAUCGACGCCGAGAUCCUAGUAACAUGGACCAACACCGCCUCGAACCUGCGUGACGCAGCAUCACGCAUGAAGAACCUCCGCUGGAUCCAGUCCCUCGCCGCCGGCCCCAACGACGUCCUCUCCGCGGGCUUCGACGCCUCCCGCAUCGCCAUCACCACCGGCUCCGGCUGCCACGACGAGACCGUCGCCGAGCACGCGCUGGGCCUGCUGCUGAACGGCGCGCGCAAGUUCUUCGAGAUGCGCGAUUACCAGAACCGCGGCGUCUGGCCGGGCCACCUGGGCGGGCCGCAGCCUGACCGCGCCCCCGGCACGUUCACCACGCUCAAGGGCGCCAACGUGACCAUCUGGGGCUUCGGCAAUAUCGCCAAGUGUCUGGCGCCAGUGCUGACGGCGCUGGGCGCCAAUGUCACCGGUGUGGCGAGGUCGGCGGGUGUGAGGAAUGGCUUCGAGGUUGUUGGGGAGGAUGUCUUGCCUGAGGUGCUGAAGAAGACCGAUGCGCUUGUUAUGAUUCUACCUGGGUCUGAGAGUACCAAUGGCGCGCUGGGCAAGGAGCGGUUGGCGCUUUUGCCGAACCAUGCUUGGGUGGUUAAUGUUGGCCGUGGAUCUUCGGUUGAUGAGGUUGCGCUUGUGGACGCGCUGGAGAAGGGCGCCAUUGGUGGUGCUGCGCUCGAUGUCUUUGCUGUUGAGCCUUUGCCCGAGUCGUCACCGCUUUAUAAGGCGCCGAAUUUGGUGCUGUCGCCUCAUGCUGCUGGUGGGCGGCCGCGUGAUGCUGAGGCGCUUAUUGCUUAUAACUUGCGGAGGCUUUUGGCUGGGCAGGAGCUUAAGAACUUGAUUUAG